UAAAGUUAGUCCACAAAUUCCCCGCAGGAUGGAGGCUGAAAAUGAGUGCCUUGAAUUUCUCACCCUGAGGUCUGGCCUAUAAUUAUACAAGGAACUCUUGAGAGGUUUUUUUUUAAAACAGGACUGAGAGCUGUGGACCUCAUCAGGAUCCUAGCCGAGAACAGCUUGUGAUGGAGCCCUCACCCUUUGAGCUACCAGCUGACACAGUGCAACGCAUUGCAUCUGAACUUCAAUGUCACCCAGCAGAUGAGAGGGUUGCCCUCCGCCUCGAUGAGGAAGAUGAGCUGAGGCACUUCAGGGAGCAUUUUUAUAUCCCCAAAAUGCAGGAUCUGCCUCCAAUUGAUUUAUCUUUAGUGAAUAAGGAUGAAAACGCAAUCUAUUUCAUGGGAAAUUCUCUUGGCCUUCAACCAAAAAUGGUUAAAACAUAUCUGGAAGAAGAAUUAGAUAAGUGGGCCAAAAUGGGAGGCUAUGGUCACGAGGUAGGGAAACGUCCUUGGAUUACAGGAGACGAGACCAUUGUAGGCCUUAUGAAUGACAUUGUAGGAGCCAACGAGAAGGAAAUAGGCCUAAUGAAUGGUUUGACUGUUAAUUUACAUCUUCUACUGUUAUCGUUUUUUAAGCCUACGCCAAAACGGUAUAAAAUUCUUCUAGAAGCCAAAGCCUUCCCUUCAGAUCACUAUGCUAUUGAAUCACAGCUUCAACUGCAUGGACUUCCCAUUGAGGAAAGUAUGCGGAUUAUAAAGCCAAGAGAGGGGGAAGAAACCUUGAGAAUAGAGGAUAUCCUUGAAGUAAUUGACAAGGAAGGAGACUCGAUUGCAGUAAUUCUGUUCAGCGGGCUGCAUUUUUAUACUGGACAGCUCUUUAAUAUACCUGCCAUCACCAAAGCCGGACAAGCAAAGGGUUGUUUUGUUGGCUUUGAUCUAGCACAUGCAGUUGGAAAUGUUGAACUUCACUUACAUGACUGGGGAGUUGACUUUGCCUGCUGGUGCUCCUACAAGUAUCUAAAUGCAGGAGCAGGAGGUCUUGCUGGUGCCUUUAUCCAUGAAAAGCAUGCCUAUACAGUUAAACCUGCGUUAGUGGGAUGGUUUGGCCACGAACUCAGCACCAGAUUUAAGAUGGAUAACAAACUGCAGUUAAUCCCUGGGGUCAAUGGAUUCCGAAUUUCCAAUCCUCCCAUUUUGCUGGUCUGUUCCUUACACGCUAGUUUAGAGAUCUUUAGGCAAGCAACUAUGAAAGCAUUGAGGAGAAAAUCUAUUUUGCUAACUGGUUAUCUGGAAUAUAUGAUCAAGCACUACUAUAGCAAAGACAAAGCAGACACCAGGAAACCUAUUGUGAGCAUCAUUACUCCAUCCCGUAUAGAGGAGCGCGGCUGCCAGCUAACACUAACAUUUUCUGCUCCAAUGACAUAUGUAUUCCAAAACCUAGAAAAGAGAGGAGUGGUUUGUGACAAGCGGGAACCAGAUGGCAUCCGAGUAGCUCCAGUUCCUCUCUACAAUUCCUUCCAUGAUGUCUACAAAUUUAUCAAUCUGCUCAUUUCUGUACUUGACUCUGCAGAAACGAAAGAGUAGCUGUGUUUUCUAGAACAGCUUAAGUAAAUAAUACUGAAAGUU